AUGCCAAUCUCAGAAGCCAAGGAUAGUUUCAAAAUAAUGAUAUCAAUGGAGAAUCACCCUUAAAUGAACAAAAAACUCCUUAGACUUGGAAAAAGAGCUAGACAAGAGAAUGGUCUAGUUGAGUUGACUAAGAAAUUCAUCUAGCUCUUAAGAGAGGCACCUGAUCAAUGCGUAGAUCUAAAUGACACUGUCUUAAAGUUAGCCGUGCAAAAGCGAAGAAUAUAUGAUAUCACAAAUGUGCUAGAGGGCAUUGGACUAAUAUAGAAAUAUAAGAAAAAUAAAAUAAGAUGGGCUGGACCUGAUAGUAUACACAAUAAAAACAAUAAGAAAAAUCAGAAUAACCACAAUGACAGAAGAGAGGCUGAAGUUGAUCCCAAUUUACUAGAGGAAUCAUUAAUGCUGUAGUAAAGAAUGAGAGAGCUUAUUGAAUAGGAAAAAUAACUAGAUAAGCAUGUUUAGAAUUUAGGUCAUCAUCGAAAUAAUUUAAAGAAAGAUAGUAUGUAUGCUAGUUAUGCUUAUGUCACGAUUAGUGAUCUUGAGGUUUUGAAUCAGUAUAAUCUGGUCAAAGAAGAUGAUGAAGAUAUCUCUGAUAACGAGAAAUCUAAUCUAUAUGAUCGUGGGCUUAAUUCAGCAAAUUUAAACUCUGAUGACGAGGGAAAUGAUCAUUACAAAAAUUAAAAUGGUGAACACUAAAAUACUUUAAUCGCAAUAAGAGCACCUCCAGGUAGUACACUAGAAAUACCCUCAGAAGCCUAAAUAAAGGAAAUGCAUGCAUUAGCAUUAAAAAAUAGAGAAGAAUAUUAGUACAGAAGUCUGUAGGCUGGCUAAAAUGGACUAUAAAGGGAAGAAUAUGAAGACCUAUUGAACUAUCUAAGUCACAAGUAUUAGUUAUUCAUCAACACACCGAAACAAAAAUAAAAGACACAUCAUUAACACCCAGAUAGCAAUGUAGAUCAAGAGAACUAGAUUCAGAUCUAUUAUAUCAGUAACAGUACUGUGCCUAUAUAGAGUAAUCAGCUACCAAUACAAACACCUUAGGUAGACCAUAAUGUUUAUUAAAACAACAUGAUUUAGUAGAAUAUACCAAUUAAGCAAUAAAAUCCAGCCAAUAUGAUUACUUAAGGUUUAAAUAAUCAAUACAGCCAGCAGAAUCUACCUUCUAUACCUCACUCUCCAAUGGUGAACUAUGAUGCUAGACUCUCUCAUUUCAAUACGCCAUCAAAAAGAUUCCUAAAUUUUUCCUAAAAUAUACCUAAUUAAAAUCAAUAUCACGAUGAGUACCUUGAUUACAUGAAUAUUCAACAAAAUUAGCCAAAUUAUGAAGAGUAAUUUAAUAUAGAGCAAAAUUAUUAAGAUUAAUUGCAGAUGGAAAGCUUGUAAAUUAUGUUUGAUGAAAAAGGCAAUGAUUAAUAAAAUUUGAAUAAAAAUCAAAUGAACAUCGAAGGCAAGAUAAUACCAGAAAACAUUUCUAUUGGGUAAAUGUCAACCUCAUUUGGUCAAUAAAUGAUCAACCGUAGUUAUAAUUCCAAUAAUAAUAACUAAAUAGGCAUUAACAACGGUACUCAAAAUGAUAAAGUAUGA